GAAAGUGAUAGUUGUGUAGUAAACACAAAACUGCAUAUUAUAACGUUUGGCAAUAAAAAAAGUAUGGCUAUUUAUUAAAGAAUUAAAGAAAUCAUGAAAAUUCACAUUUGUGGUAUACGCAAUAAACUUGUUGGUUUGGAAGACACUAUUUGUUUCCAAAACAGUGUUUAUUCAUUAUGUUUUAACUGGAAAAACUUGUUUUAAACAUGUACUAUAUGAUUUUGAAGGUUAGAAUCGUGUUUAAAUUGUUGAUCAACCACAUUAGAGCUGAACUUGGCUGCUUUUAUUACUUGACGCGUUUCAAGAAAAUAACAUGGAUCUACCAAAUUACGUGAUUCAGGAUGAACAAGCUCGAUUUCUUAUUAUGAAAAACAUUUUUACGAAGAAGUUAUGAGCAAAUUGUUAAAAAGAUUUUUGAUGGUAUUGCAUUUUAGAGCAACUGGGGAUGUAUUAGAUGAAAAUUGCGACAUUCUAUUAAAGAUCCUGCCACAUCUGCCAAGAAAGCACAUACUGAAGAAAGAAGAUAAGUAUAGGGAAAAUCUCUUUAUACAAUCAAAAAGAGACUUAACUCCCAAACCAAAUUUAGAUGUGUCAAAAUUUGACUUUACCAUGUCCUUUGCUUGUUUAACAGAGAUUCAAGGUCUCCCUUCAUGGAAGAAUCACAACUUUUGUAUCUUUUGUGAGUCAAAUUGUAAGAAUAUCCUGCUAGAGAACGCAAAAAAAAAAGACUGCAAUAACUGUGGAUUUUGUAGGACAUUAUCAAAUUGUCUUUCGCACAUUCUUACAAAGAACUUGAAUACUGGGAGGAAAACCAGAAAUAUAGGAGCACACACAUCACAAUUCUCAGCUAUCAGCCCUAAAAUACAGGAAAAUAUUAGGGCCUUAACUGCUUUAUAUGAAUACUUGCACACAAAUGGAAAUUGGAGAAACUUUGAGAAAACCUGGAUAAACCAUGAAGCGUUUUUUGAAAUAAGAGAAGAUAUCAGGUUGAUUGAAAAAUAUUCAAUAACAUUUUUGUUAGAAAAAUUUAAAGAAAGAGUUAGAAUUUUAGAAGAUGUUUUCGCUAUUAAAGAAAAGAUGGAUAAAAUAUUGUCUAAGAUGAAUAAAUCAACCUUGAGAAUUUCAAUUCAAUUAUCCAUCAGCAAGUUAGCAGUGGUAGAAAUAUCCGACUUAGGAAGUUUUCUCAAGAACGCUAAAUUAAAAGGAUUGAAUUCAAGGAUGAGGAUGACUAUAGAGAAGGUGGUGAAUAAAUCGUUAGCACAACUGAGCAACGACUUCAAGUUUGAUGUACGUAUAUGUGGGUUGAAAAAAGCCGAACUUGAGAAAGCAAUGUUUGCAGAGUUGAAAGAAAAAUUUAGUAACAUUACUGAUAUAAACCUAACAGAACUUACAUUAGGGUUUACGUUCUGAGAUACUGGUUCACUUCAUAUCAUGUUAUCCUUGGUAAAAAACGAUCGUAGUUCAUUCAACAAACGCGAAAUACAAAUACUUAAUACUUCCUUCAAAGAUAUGAUCAGCUCUAAACAUGUGUUUUUUAAGGAAAUAUUUGGAGAAACUGUUCAGGUGUCAGCAGACACAAGUCCUUCGUGUACUAAAAUUGAAACAUUGAACGGCCAGUUAGAGGUCAAAAUCCUUAUAGAGGAUGGCUACUAUCAUUCGGUUGUGUUUGUGAGUAAGUUAAAGCGCAGUGUGGAAACAUUGUUGACACAAGAACUUCAAUUAGAAGAAUGUAGCGAGAUAAAUAAAAACUUAGGUUAGUUGUUUAAAAACUGUUUGAGUCCCCAUACUAUUGAACGCAAAGGUAUACUUAUUGACACAACGAAAACGGUUACUCAACGGCAAAACGGUUACUCUUGUUUUACCCUGAUAACAUAUACCGAUGAAGGUUUUCACUUAAAUUUAUUAUCUUUAUUCAAAUUGUUUGUGGUCAUGUUAUUUGCGAUGUUUGACAAAUUCUGUUUUUUCUUCCAAGUAAAACAAGACUUAUAAUAGACGUAUAAUAAACUAGCUCGCCAAAUCAUAUAGCCGAUCAUAUAUAAUUUGUUGGAUCAAAAAAGGUUCCAGAUGUGAACACUUUAUAUCCACAGUCUCAUAAUGGGCAUGAUUUUUUAUUUGGUAACGAGCACUAUCUGCGAAAAUUUCAAUAAUUAUUUUGUUAUCAACGAGCAUUCAAUUAACACACGGAAUCGAAAUAUGUUAGUGAAAUUACCACGUAUAAAAUUGGAGUUCGGAAAAAGAUCCUUCAAAUAUCUUGGUGCAGCAUUAUACAAUGACUUACCAUUAAAAAUACGUUGUUGUGAUAACUUAUUUCAGUUCAAAAAAUUAGUUUAUCAACAUUUUAUGUAAAUAUUCGCUUUUAAAAUAUGUUUUAUAUGUUUUUAGUAAUUAUUUAGGUAGCUUCUGUUUCUAACUUUUGCGCAUUCUAGUUUCACAUUUUUCUUUUUUCUCUUUUUCUCUUUUCUUGGUACGUACAUGCGUUUUAUAUUAAUUUCUUAGCUAACUCAUGAGUGGUUAUUUAGUAGAUAAUAGUUUUUGCUUAUAUUUUUCUUUCUUUUAUAUAUUUUUACUGACAGGACACAUGAUGAUAGCAGUAGUUCAUUUUACUGAAGUGUAAAAAAUCCUGUAUAAAUAUUGUUUAAUAAUAAUAAUAAUAAUUAUAUGCUUUUUAGCCACGAUGUUGUAUUCAGUAGAACAGUUUGUCAACUCACAUUCUCAAACAUUAUCUAACGUAGUUGAUAUUGCACGAAUAGGGUCAGUCCACGCAUUUAUUGCAGAAACGCUGCCAUGGUUUGUGCUAACAAUAGAUGUUGACCAAGGAAAUCAAAAAAUUGAUUGUGCUGACGUUUUGUCGACGGACACAGAAUAUGGAGAGAUUGAUAAAUACGAGAGUUGAACUAACAUGUCCAGAACUCGGUUGAACUUGCCAAGACGAGUUAACCCGCCUAGAACACAAGGAAAAGGAGUUAUUGAAUGGCCAAUAUGAAGGAAAGCAAAGUACCUACCAAAACUAAUUGGAGAAUUUUAUGUGGAGCAUUGCUCUCUGAAGUAAAAAAUUAUUUGCGAUCUUUGCUUCACCAUCCUGCGAACGGAAACUUUCCUAAAGAUGGUGGAAAGUUAUAUAACACAAUACUGGAACUAUAUCGAAACGGAGAGAUGGUUGAUUUUCCAAUAUAUAAGCAAACACUGAUUUUUUCAAAAAAGGGAAUUUCAGAUUCCGAGAUCUUUGAUUUGUACACGUUACGUUGUUUACUUUUGAAAAGCAAAAUUUUGAAACCAGACGCAGUUGGUGCAAUUAACAAUUUGUGUGUCAUGAUGAAUGGAAUCAAAUAUUUUUCAAAUGUUGUUCCUUAUUAUGUCAUGUCAAAUGUUGUAGACCAGAUAAAGUUUGGCCUUUCCACACUUGGGUGUGCAAAAGAAAACAUGAAGGAGGUAGAGCAUUUGUGUACAUUAUUCGAAGAUAUUACACUCUCGGAAGACGAAUUGUCCACAUAUAAUUAUGAAAUGCACAAUUUUGAUUGCGAACGUCAAGCUGAGUUAAUAUUUGACGUAGAAGAAUGUUUGCGAUGUUUAUUUCACGAUCCUGCAUAUGGAGAUUUUCCAAGGGACGGAAAAAAAUUGCAUCAAGUUAUGGAAGAGUGGCAACAACAAGGAAAGUUAAAAGACUUGGAGAAAAAUCUUUUUUCUCUUCUUUUGCCUGAUAGCAAAAUAACGGAUUCCGAAACCUUCGGUAUACAUCUACUCGGCUAUUUUCUUUGCACAAACAUAAAAGAAGAAAAGCGUAUAAUAUUUGACGAAAUAUUUUAUUUAACAAAUCAAUUGAUACGAUAUGACAAAAUCAAGUUAAGGUUGGAUAUCCUUUCUCAAAUCUCCUCGAGAGUCAGACCCAUGACUUACCGUUAUGAUGUGUUUUCCCGAAGCAAAGAAAAUGAUUUACAUAAAUUUGCUGGUAAAUUUUGGUGCAAGUAGAUAAUUGAUGCCGGGCAUCGUUUGCCGAAAGAAUAUACAUUUCAAAGCAUAAUGGAUUACAAGAAGGCUAGAACUGACGAAGAGAAAAUAUUUUAGUAAACAGAAAUUUUGCCAAAAUGAACAUCUACACAUUCAGAUGUUUUCCGUACUUAUUUAUAUAUGCUCACAGAGACGUUACUAGAAUUAGCUUUCGCACCCAUCCUUAAUUCGUUUUACUAUUUCUCUUAGUUAUAAACCUUUCUUCCUUGCUGCUUGCGGUAAUUCCUG